UCGCGCUCUGUCUUUCGCUUCUCUGCGCUUCGCAUCUUUCUUCACAUUUUUUCUUCCUCACUUUCGCUUUACCGCUACUGUUGGAUAGUGCAUCGGCAUAGCGUGGGUCUCAAAACGGCAUAAACGGCAUGAUAUGGCAUGACGGAAACGAAGGAUGAUGGAUUAUUACGGAUACCCUGUUGUUGCUCUUUCGCGUUCGCUUUCGCUUUUCACUACCCUGUACUACUACUGAAUUUUUGCUCGGCAUUCGUCUUGCGUUGCAUUUUGUCUACGGCUGCUCGUUACGGUGCGCUUUCCAUCUCAAUCUAUCUUGCGAGGCCUCUGCAUUCGCGCGAGGUCCUUUCUGCUUUUUCCGAACAAGGCUUCUGUAUCAUCAUGGUGCGGCUGCGGCAUUUCUGGUGUGACAUUGUGCAUGGCAUGGCGAUGAGCCUGGUUUCUGUUGUGGCGUGCUCCGCCCCGCUUCAUACUGUGAAUACAACGGCUUAUACAUAGACGCACUGCCCACACGCUGUGUGGGCUUAAAAUACACAGGGCUGUAAAGUUGAAGCCAUCAUCACA